AGGGCUGGCGAGGCGCCCCGCCCCACGGCUGCCGCGGCGCUGCCCGGGCUGCUGAAUCCCCAGCGGCCGCCCUCUUCCCAUCUGGGUCCCGGCUCUUGGGAAAGGAGUUUCUGAGGCGGUGACAGAGGAUGCUUCUCCCCUCGUGGCUGCCGGAGGUGGCCGGACCCGGGCUGGUCGCUACCGCCUCUGGGACGGUCUGAGGGGAAGGAGGGGGGAGGCCAGAAGAGGGCGUGAGGGGAAGAGUCCAGCCAAACGCGAUGCAGCGCCGGGGGGAUCUCGGGGGCUGCCCGGCCACCAUGGGAGACUUGGUGUUGCUGAACGCGAGGCAUUCCCCCUACUAUGCGGGUGACUUCACUUGGAACAGCAUGUCAGGGCGCAGUGUUCGACUGAAAUCUGUUCCUGUUCAAAGCCUUUCAGAAUUGGAGCGUGCCCGGCUGCAGGAAGUGGCCUUUUAUCAGUUGCAGCAGGACUGUGACCUAGGAUGUCAGAUAACUAUUCCUAAAGAUGGGCAAAAGAGGAAGAAAUCACUACGAAAGAAACUGGAUUCUCUUGGACAGGAAAAAAAUAAAGAUAAAGAAUUUGUGCCCCAGGCUUUUGGGAUGCCUUUAUCGCAAGUAAUAGCUAAUGACCGGGCCUAUAAACUGAAGCAGGAUACUCAGAGAGAAGAGCAGAGAGAUGUUUCAGAAUUCGUGGCCUCCCUUUUACCAUUCGGGAGUAAAAGGCAGAACAAAGAACUCUCAAGCAGUAACUCAUCUCUUAGCUCCACCUCAGAAACACCGAACGAAUCUACUUCACCAAACACACCAGAGCCAGCUCCACGAGCAAGGAGGAGAGGUGCAAUGUCUGUGGACUCUAUUACUGAUCUUGAUGACAGUCAGUCUCGACUGCUGGAGGCUCUACAACUGUCACUGCCAGCUGAAGCUCAGAGCAAAAAAGAAAAGUCCAGGGACAAGAAGCUAAGCCUCAACCCAAUCUACAGGCAAGUUCCUCGACUUGUAGAUAGCUGCUGCCAGCAUUUAGAAAAGCAUGGUCUCCAGACAGUCGGUAUAUUUCGAGUUGGGAGUUCAAAAAAAAGAGUAAGACAGUUACGUGAAGAGUUUGACCGUGGUAUAGAUGUAAUAUUGGAUGAAGAACACAGUAUUCACGAUGUAGCAGCUUUAUUAAAGGAAUUCCUUCGUGAUAUGCCUGAUCCUCUCCUGACAAGGGAGCUUUACACACCUUUUAUCAACAUUCUCUUAUUGGAACCUCAUGAACAACUAAGUACCCUGCAACUUCUCAUUUAUCUUCUACCUCCAUGCAACUGUGACACCUUACAUCGACUCCUCCACUUCCUUGCCACUGUAGCUAGCCAUGCAGAAGACCGGCUAGAUGAAAAUAGCCACGAAAUCCCAGGCAACAAAAUGACAUCACUCAACCUAGCCACUAUAUUUGGGCCUAAUCUGUUGCAUAAGCAGAAGACAACAGACAAGGAAUUCACUGUUCAGAGUACAGCGCGUGCUGAGGAGAGUGCUGCCAUUAUUGCUGUGGUACAGAAAAUGAUUGAAAAUUAUGAAAUGCUCUUCAUGGUCCCUCCUGACCUUCAAAAUGAAGUUCUUAUUAGUCUGCUUGAGACUGACCCUGAUGUUGUAGAUUAUUUGCUGAGAAGGAAAGCUUCCCAGUCAUCAAGCCCUGAGAUGCUCCAAUCAGAAGGCACUUACACCAUGGAAGGCAGACAUUCUUCUACAGAUUCAAAUAGAGCCUCAAGUGGUGACAUCUCACCUUAUGACAACAACUCCCCAGUGCUUUCUGAACGGUCUCUUAUGGCAAUGCAAGACGAUAAGUCCCUCAGUCCUGAGAAGUUAUUUAAAGUACCAGAACAGUGCACAUCGGUCAGCAAUUUCCAGCAGAAAUCAAGAGAAAAUUCCCUGGGAUUGUGGCUUGAGAAGGACACUUCAGAAGACUAUUUUGACAUCUGGGGAACCUGGCAUUCAACUCUGAAAAGUGGUUCCAAAGAUAUAGGAAUGUCAGGAUCCCAUGGAGACCUCUGUGAGAGCAGCUUGCUGCGGACAGGACUGUGCUCUCUUUCCCAAGGAAACCUGUCCCUGCCUUCUCCGCAGUGGCUGGGAAACCGUAGAGAAGUAGACAAUGGAAAGCAACUCAUUCGAAGGAGUCAGACUACAGCUGCCCUUCCGGAAUGCCGGUCUCAUCCCCCACUUUCUCGGGUCUGCAGCACCCCACAAAUGGAAGUGGGAAGAAGGAAUUCCAACCAGACUAACUCGGAGCAGUCUUUGCCUGUGAGAAACACAGAGCCUCUUGUGGAGCAUGACUCGGACCCCGCUGGUUUGCACAGCGCAGGAAAAUCAUUGAGGCAGGCCGAAAUGCUUCGAAAAGACCGGCCGCCACCCCCUUAUCCGGACAAAGCCAAGCCAAGUUCCAUCUCCUCUUUCCAGCCCACGGUCUCAUCAGCAGAACAUCCACUGUGGAGGCUGCGGAGGCCAGAAUCCCGACCUGGGGUUGUAGGUGCAAGAGUAAUGACUCAAGUGCCUGAACAGUCUGCCCUGGGUGAGGAGCAGCCGGAAGAAUCAGAAAAGAAGGGCUCCCUUCCAGACAGCAGGCAGAACAGUAAACAUUUGUCUGAGCCAGACUGGUAUGACUGGCAAAGGGAUCGGUGGCAAAUCUGGGAGAUUUUAUCACCUGACAAUCCAGAUUCUCUCCCAGAAACAUUAGUAUGAGUGGAGAUCCCAGCAGUGGCCAGGCUGUUCUCGACAGGGCAAGGAAUGGUCAUGGCGGACUGGAUUCCAGAUUUGUUUUAUACUAAGCAAGUGUCUUUUUUAAAAAACUAUGACAGCAACAACAACUAUGUUCACUUUAUAAAGAAUUUUAAUAGCACUGUAAAACGUAUGAAUAUCUUUUUCUGGUUUUGUAAUCAUUAUAAGAAGGGAAAACGAGAUGACAACUCCCAUUCCUAAACACUCUGUAAAAUAUAAGCUGCGUGUACGGUAAAAACUACAGGCUUGAUGUUGCUAAGAUGUAUUUAUGUAUCUGCCAUUCAGAUGAUUGUAUAUUAUGCAAAAAGUUCUCCUUUUUUUGUACUAUGUAUCGUGUUCAAAGGCAGGAGGCAAACAACCUUGACUGCUUUGUGCAAGGGGGGGGGGGAGAAAUAUUUUAUUCAUUGCACUUAGUACUUACUAUCAAGAGAUGCUUUGAAGCUCUCUUGAAAGUGCACAAGCUGGUUUCUGUGCUUUUUAAAUAACCUUUUUGUGGGAGACAUAUAUUUUCACUGACUACAAAAAACACUAAUGUGGAAUGGAAACAUUAAAAGCCAUAUAUUUUAUAGUGGGUAAUUUAGAGGGGGAAUUGUCUACCUUGUUAUUUGCUUGCAGGAAAAAAAUUAAAAUUUGAUGCAAUAUGGUAAAAUAGAUAUAUAUUUAAAACUCUGUUAGAAAACAAUUUCAGUUAAUCUUUCAGCAGCAGGGCUGUGCAUCAGUCAUAUAGAAAACCCAAAGAUAUUUCUGCCCAUUUUAGACCCAUUGCAAUUUUAUAUACAAUGCAUAAUAUAUAUUUACAAAUCAUAACUUAAAAGCCAACUGGAACCCAAAUGGUUGACUAAAAUAAAUAAUUCCCUUUCUU